GUAAGGCAAAUACGCAGUUUCCAUGGUAUACGUCAUCAACACUCGACAAAAUACAGUCGAGGCGCGAGAUGAAAGAGGCGUUCAAACGUAUUUUCUUAAAAGUCGUUUAAUGGACAUUUCUUGACAAAUGUUAACAUUAAGUAUUACUUAACUCUGAGUUAUAAAGGCUCCAUACUGCUGCUGCCAUGACACAGUCAGUUGUUGUCCAAGUUGGUCAGUGUGGCAACCAGGUUGGCUGCAGGUUUUGGGAUCUUGCUCUGCGAGAACAUGCCCAUAUUAAUAAAAAAGGAUUGUAUGAUGAGGCACUUGGUAGCUUUUUCCGAAAUGUGGACUCAAGAGAUUGUGAUGGGGGAGCCUCUGUAGUUGGUGGGAGAAUCCAACAUCUGAAGGCUAGGGCGGUGCUGGUGGACAUGGAGGAGGGUGUGGUCAAUGAGAUCCUGCAGGGCCCAUUGAGAGAAAUGUUUGACAGCACUCAGCUCCUCACAGACGUGUCGGGUUCAGGCAACAACUGGGCGGUUGGACACAUGACGUAUGGCUCAGCCUACAGAGAGCAGAUAGUGGAUAAGCUGAGGAAGGCAUCAGAACACUGUGACUGUCUUCAGUGCUUCUUUCUCAUUCACUCUCUGGGAGGAGGUACAGGCUCUGGCCUGGGGACCAGAGUGCUGAGCCUGCUGGAGGAGGAGUUCCCUGAGGUGUGUCGAAUUGUCACCUCCAUCUAUCCAUCUGCAGAGGAUGAUGUCAUCACCUCUCCCUACAACAGUGUCCUGGCUAUGAGGGAGCUUACAGAGCACGCUGACUGUGUCCUGCCUGUUGAAAACCAAUCGUUGGUCGACAUUGUAAACAAGAUUAAACGUAUGUCUCAUGAUGGAAAGCCAGGGUCGGUGAUCAAGAGCGAAAGCACCGUCAUCUCUGGGCAGGGCGGGCUCAGUGGAGCAGAGAAGCCCUUUGAUGCCAUGAAUAAUAUUGUGGCUAACCUGUUGCUCAAUAUUACCAGCUCAGCUCGUUUUGAAGGAUCUCUCAACAUGGAUCUGAAUGAGAUUGCCAUGAACCUGGUCCCCUUCCCUCGGUUACACUACCUGGUGCCCAGCCUCACCCCUCUCUACACAUUGGCAGUCAAUGUCCCCACCAGAAGACUGGAUCAGAUGUUCAGUGAUGCCUUCGGUAAAGACCACCAGCUAAUCCGAGCCGAACCGAAGCACUCCCUCUACCUUGCCUGUGCCCUCAUGGUGAGGGGCAACGUGCAGGUGUCUGACCUGCGCAGGAAUAUCGAGAGACUGAAGCCUUCGCUGCCAUUUGUUUCGUGGAACCAAGAAGGCUGGAAGACGGGCCUGUGUUCAGUGCCUCCUGUGGGUCACUCCCACUCCCUGUUAGCCCUGGCCAACAACACGUGUGUGAAGCCCACAUUCAUGGAGCUGAGGGAACGCUUUACCAAGCUCUACAGGAAGAAGGCUCACUUACACCACUACCUGCAGGUAGAAGGGAUGGAGCAGAGCCUCUUUUCAGAGGCCAUCAGCUCUCUCAGCUCCCUGAUUGAAGAGUACCACCAACUGGAUGCCACCAGGGGAAGAUUCAUGCCUGACGCACCCAGACUGAGCAUCGCCGUAUGAAGAGCCGCUUUGUUUAAGUCUGUUUCUUUGUCUGUCUCCUUGUAUAGUAAUGAUUCUUUUUUUUUAAUAAGGACUUCACACAACCAAACCCUUUGUAUAUACCUUUAUAAGUUAUAUAUCAACAUUUUCUAAUGUAUGACCUGAUUUAAAAACGUCUAUCUGAAAACAAUAAGCAGGAACAUCAUGUAAAAAGAAUGUAAGAGUUGUGUGACCUGAUCUGGCUCCCUGACCAUAACAUUAUGAGGUACUGUUAAUGUGUCAACGUCCGCUGCUACAGCUACUGGACAUAUAUCGUGGUGUUAUUCCACAUGUCCUGAAAACAGGGUUCAUAAAUAUGAACUAAAACUUAUUUAUUCAAUGA